CACGCUAUAUCAUGCUCAGUAUGCUCCUUGCCCUUUGUUAAGUUAUAUCCUGCCCAAUUCGUGUUCCCUUGAGGGCAGUGCAGCACACAUUCACUGCAACAGUGCUUUUGAAUAAAAUGGCAGCAGCCUUAUGACUGAAAUGACAAACGGUUUGACCUGUGCACAUUAUAUGAAGCAUUCUGAGAAAGACUAAUAAACACCUCAUACUUGUUUUGCUGAGGCACCCAGAAGAUACCUAGCAGAAGAUAGUUUCCCACAACUAUUUGCUAAAAUAAAGUGGGUUAAUUAUUAAACUUUCUAUUCAGUGCCUUUCUGGUCCUGUUGCUGAUGCUUUAAUCCUGGGUCAUGGAAAGUUUAAGACUGCCUUACAGUGGCGACGGCUUUUCCCCCCUUUUUUGCCUGAAGUUUCCCAAGCUGGAAGGAUGUUAAGGGGGUUGCUGCUUGCCUCUGCCUGGAUUACUGUCGCAAACCCUGAGCUUUGCAAACCAGAUGCCAAGGAUGCUUUCAAAGUACGUCUUAGCAUCAAAACAACUCGGGAAGACUAUGCAUAUAACUGGGAUGCUUCUGAAGAAUAUCUGUUCAAAGCAAUGGUGGCUUUUGCCAUGAGAAAAGAUUCCAAUCAACAAACAACCCAAGUCUCCAAUGUACUGCUAUGCAAUGUAACACAGCGGGUAUCGUUUUGGUUCGUUGUCAGUAAUUCAUCCACAAACACAGCAACUGUUCCCAAGAGCGAUGUGGAAGCAGCCAUAAGGAAGAACAGACACCGUAUCAAUGGUGCCUUUUUUUUAAGUGAUGACACACUUCAGUUCUUGCAGAUCUCAACAACUUUAGCUCCACCAGUUGAGCAGUCUGUCCAAACCUGGCUGAUAGUCUUUGGUGUCGUUAUUUCCAUCAUUGUGGCUGGAAUUGUAUUCCUUGUAACUUCUGGCAUCCAUCAGCGUAGGAGAUGUAAGAAGGAAUCUGAAGAAACAGAAGGAUUAGAGGAGAAAUGUGAAACUGUUAUAACUGUGGAAAAUGGAAUCCCUUGUGACGCCUUAGAUUUAAAAGCUGGCCAGAUUAAUGGGGUCUAUGCAGCAGCCGAUGAUGAACGGUUCACACCCUUAUGAAGUGUUCUUGUUUCUCUCAGCUCUUCCAUGAGACUCUGCCCUUGACUUAUUUAGCUGUUAAUGCUGAUUCUUAUCAAACAAGAGAAGAAAUGUACUUUGCCUCUUUCCUAUUUGGGCAGUUUCUGCAAUAAGCAUGCUGAUAUAUAUACACACCCUAGCUGCAAUUUUCCUCAAAACGUCCUUCAUGGAAUGAUCAAAGAGAGAACUCUAGGUGCUUUCUGAAUGUACCAGAGGCUCAAGACCAAAGGUUAUGUUGCAGCCUGUGCCUUGUUAUCAAUUAUGAUCCAGUUACCCUGCAUCUUCUCUAUUCAUUUCCUGGGGGAGGGGGAAGUGUGAAUUGGUCUAUUCCAGAAUGCUCCCCAGCCAGCCAGUUCAGUGAAGUGCAGCUGCCAGAGGAUUCCAUUUGCUCCCCUGAGGCUUGUGAGAACAGAAGAUUUUGGAAAUUGAUUGGGGACAGGACAGGAUGCCUCUGACCUCUAUUUAGAGACAAUAGCCAGGAUCCUAUUGGACGGAAGACUGAAAAGUUAAUUUGGGCAGUGGCACUGGGCCCCUGUGUCUCUGAAAAGCUAUUGGAGAACAUCCUGUUGAUCUUCCAAGGAGUGCCAAGUGCUGCAAGCAUUGGAAUGAAUGGUUGUGACUCUUACGUUUUGUUGGGAAUCUCCAUAAACAACCCUGGCCUUUGCUUGUUCGAUAGCAUUCAUUUUACUGCACUGGCAGGACUCUCCAACAGAAAGUCAAUAGGACACAGACCAGCAGCUUUUCAGGGCCUCCAUUGGUAUUAUUUUACUUUGCACAUAAGAUAAUUUUUCAGUUUCCCAAUAUACUCUCUGUCCAAACUGGUUUUAUUGAGAUUUGAAGCUCUUCAAGAAAAAGGGAGGGAAUCCUGCCUCCUGAUUUAGCACUGUUGCAAUAGAUAUGGGUUUAUUUGGUGUAGCACUUACUGUCACUGGUGGGAUAGCAUCUAAAGGGCCAACAGGUACAAGAAGGAUGAGGUCUUCAAAAUUGCAAGUAAAGUCACUCAGAAGACUCAGUGGCAGGUUGUGAACAUAUCAAUGGCCAGACUCUUAUUUGUAAGCUAUCCUGGUGUAAGUGCAAUUGCAUAAAUCACAGUGGUGAAUUGCCACUCAUUCAUGAGUUGCCCCUUUUGUCUUUUGUCAUGCAACAACUCGGGUGACAGGUGUGAGACAUGGGAUACAACUGAUAAGUUGUAAAAUAGUGACAAUCCACUGCUUCAGUUUGUGCCAUUGCACUUAUACCAGGUGUAACUAACCACUAGGAUUCUGGCCAGCAUUCUUGGAAAAUAAAGUGGUGAAAACAUGGGCAGAAGCAGACUUGUACAGAUGUGCUUCUCUAAUGUUUAUACCCAUAAUAUAUCCUGUGCCUCAGGGUUUGGAAAAGUUAUUUCUGGACCACAAUUCCCAACCUGCAUCACCAUGGCUAUACUAGCAGGAGGAUUCUGGGAGCUGCAGUCCAAAGAGUAAAUUUUCCCCCAACUUCCUUGUCAUUUCCAACUAUAACAUUGUCAAACAGGGGUUGUCUCUUCCAUGCUUCCUAUGAUCUA